AUGUCGGGAAACUGCUGUUCUAGAAAAUGCCCCUCCGUGCCAGCCAUCUCUCUCUGUUCCACUGAGGUGAGGUGCAGAGCACCCAUCUUCUUGCCCAGUUCCUGCCAGAGCCAAACGUGGCAACUGGCGACUUGUCAAGAUGGCUGCGGAUUGUCCAGCUGUGGCCCACAAUGCUGUCAGCCUUCCUGUCCUGUGAGCAGCUGCAUUCAACCCGUGUGCUGUGAAGCCACCAUUUGUGAGCCCUCCUGUCCUGUGAGCAGCUGCUGCCAACCUGUGUGCUGUGAGGCCAAUACUUGUGAGCCCUCUUGCUCCGUGAGCAGCUGCUGCCAACCCGUGUGCUGUGAGGCCACCACUUGUGAGCCCUCUUGCUCCGUGAGCAGCUGCUGCCAACCCGUGUGCUGUGAGGCCAGCACUUGUGAGCCCUCUUGCUCCGUGAGCAGCUGCUGCCAACCCGUGUGCUGUGAGGCCAGCACUUGUGAGCCCUCCUGUUCUGUGAGCAGCUGCGCCCAACCUGCAUGCUGUGGGGCUGCUUCCUGCCAACAGGUCCUCUGUGUGCCCACCCCCUGCCAGCCCAUCGUCUGCACGCCCAGCUGCUGCCCAGCUGUCUGCACUGUGCCUAGUUCCUGCCAGCCAGUAGUCUGCGAGCCCGCCUGCUGUCCGCCAGUGUGCCCCACCCCUGGCUGCUAUCCAUCCAUCUGCUCUGUGGGCAACAGCUGCCAGGCUGUUUGCUGUGACCCUAGUCCUUGUGAGCCAUCUUGCUCGGGGCCCAGCAUCUGCCAGCCAGCUUCCUGUGCAGCUCUUGUCUGCGAGCCUGUCUGCCUUCGCCCUGUCUGCUGUGUUCCAAACCCUUGUGAGCCACCCUGUGUCCCUAGCACUUGCCAGCAGCCCGCUUGUUGUGUCUCCAGCAUCUGCCAACCCAUCUGCUCAGAGCUUAGCCCCUGCUCACCCGUGGUCUGUGUGCCCCCUCCAUGCCAACCUACCUGUUAUGUAGUCAAGCGCUGUCAGUCUGUCUGCUGUCCUGCUUCCUGCUCACCUGCCCCCUGCCAGCCUUCCUGCUGCCGCUUGGGGUCUUCUGCUUCUGCCACCUGCCAACCAACUUGCUCUCGGACUUUCUACAUACCCAGCUCCUCCUGCAAACAGCCUUGCACGACUUCGGUUUCCUGCCGCCCAAUUUGUCGUCCAAUUUGCCGCCCAAUUUGCCGCCCAAUCUGCUCUGGAUCCCUCACCUGCAGGCAGCCAUAUGUGACGUCCAUCUCCUAUCGCCCUGCCUGCUACCGCCCCUUUUGCUCCAUCCUGCGCCGCCCGACCUGUAUCACUUCCAUCUCCUUCCGUCCGCUGAGCUCCUGUCUGCCUUGUGCCGACCCCUGCAAACAGGAUUGCAAAAAGUCCACUUGCAGCCAAGUGGAUGGUGCUGACUCCACUCCCUGCAAGGCGGAAGUCUGCAAGGCCGAUCCCUGCCAGCCCAUUGAGGCCAAAUCCACCAGCCCAACCACCUGCGAAGCCGCAGCCAGCCAGCCUGCUGCCACCAAGCCUGCCAAUUGCUGA